UCCCAGCCGGGUCUUCAGGGAAGCCCACCUCCCGCCAAGCAAGGUCCCACGGGCAGGAAUGGGGCUCGGCCCCUUUAAAUCCCGCGCGGGAACGCCCGGGGCCGGGCCGCGCCGGUCCCGGAUCUGCAGCUGGGAAUUGCUGGUCUCCGCGUGUCCUCCCGGUGCUUCCCCUCGCUGUACCCCACCUCGCGGUGCCCCCAGCCCAGCGUGCAGGCUCCUUGCGCCAGGCCUUGAGGGCGCCGCGGCCGUGGGGAGAAUGAGCCGCAUCUAUCACGACAGCGCCCUCCGGAACAAGGCGGUUCAGAGCGCGCGGCUGCCCGGGGCCUGGGACCCCGCCGCCCACCAGGGGGGGAAUGGCGUCCUGCUGGAAGGAGAACUGGUCGAUGUAUCUCGGCACAGCAUCUUGGAUGACCAUGGCAGGAAGGAGCGCUACUACGUGCUGUAUAUCCGGCCUAGUCACAUCCAUUGCCGUAAGUUCGACCCCAAGGGAAAUGAAAUCGAGCCCAACUUCAGCGCCACCAGGAAGGUGAACACAGGCUUCCUCAUGUCAUCCUAUAAGGUGGAAGCCAAGGGGAACACCGACAGACUCACACCUGAGGCGCUGAAGGGGCUGGUGAACAAGCCAGAGCUGCUUGCACUGACGGAGAGCCUCACCCCCGACCAGACAGUGGCAUUCUGGAUGCCUGAGUCGGAGAUGGAGGCCGUGGAGCUCGAGCUGGGGGCUGGGGUACGGCUGAAAACUCGAGGCGAUGGCCCCUUCCUGGAUUCAUUAGCCAAACUCGAGGCUGGAACAGUGACCAAGUGUAAUUUUGCUGGUGAUGGGAAGAUGGGGGCAUCCUGGACAGACAACAUCAUGGCCCAAAAGUCUUCAGAGAGGGCUGCAGUGGAGACCCGAGAGCAGGGGGAUGGCGCCGAGGACGAGGAGUGGGACGACUGAGGUCAGUGAGAGAUGGGGUGCCUCCGGGGCCCACUGUUGAGCAUUUCUUCCAUCAACUUUCACUCUGGAGCUCGAGAGAGCAGGUCCACCAAGCCUUGCCUGGUUCUUCCCUACAGCCACUGUGGAAUACCCUUUGAACAAGCUCUGCUAAAAUCAAACGCAAGAGCCUGACGUUAGACGUGGGGCCCAAGCCUGUGGCUCAUGGAGGGUCCCUCCCUGGAUGUGAGUCUAGCCUUCCUAGACAUUUUCAUGGUGGCCCUCACCCUGAGUGGCAACCUUGUUUCUGGAGGCAGGCAGGGGGCAAGUCCCCCAGGGCAGUCAGAAGAACUGGACUUGGUUUUGGUGCAGAACUGGUGGGGAAUCCCUCAUCUGCAUGCAGAGUGGCUCAGAGAAGUUAGCGGGGCCUCCUUCUUCUGUCCUUGUUGUAUUUCUUGCUUUCCUUCUGCAAUUGCCCUCCUCCCUAGCACUCUGUGCUGUAGCCUCUGCCCUCCUGCUCAAGCCUCCUUGUCCCCUGUGCCCUUUUCAGUCCCCAGAGCUGCCAGUUCUUUAUUCCUCCUCUGGUUCUCUGCUACCCUGAGGGUUCCUGUCUCCUGACCUCCUUUGGCGGCUUUCCUGGGAAUGCUCUUUUCAGGGAGGCUGAGAGCGUUCACAGGUGUGGCCAGCUGGUCUCCAACUCUGACUCAUUCUGCCAGGCCACAUUUUGGACAACACCUUUUUUCUUGUUUUGUACCUUGAGAACUUUUUACGAAUGAGUAAAUCUUCAGGAAGGAUUCCUCUACACUGACUGUGUUAUUAUUAGGUAUAAACUGAGCAACCUCCCUAUAAGAAGAAAGCCGUAUCUUUUUGGUUAUGAACAUUGCCUUGCUGGGUAGUAUGCCCACACCCACAUCUAUGAAGAGAUGUGGAGUUGAAAUCUACAUGUCCUAAGAAUGGGUAGGGACUUGGUGGAAUGUGGAUCCUGCUUCUCUCAGGGAAAAGAGGGGUGGUGGUAAACUAACAAUUAUGGAGUCCCCUAAUGUGUCAAACACAGCACUAGAUGCUUUCCGUGAUGAUAAUUAUAGUCCCUGACUGUUGAGUGCCUCUUGGUUCUAUUACUUGUGCCAAGCAUUUCCAGUAUCUUACUUAAUUGUCACAACAAUCCCAAGAGGCACAUGUGAUCAUUAUCUCCAUUUUUUUUUAAUAUGGUUUUCAUGGUUGAGGUCCCAGCAUUUAUUAUCAGGGUUCAAACUUUCAUUUGCCUUCCUGCAUAUUUGAGCCUGGGCUCAACAAUAUGGCUGUGAGGCUUGGGGUUAACACUUCAUUUAGGCCACCUGAAGUCACAGGUCACUGGACUGCCCUCGGGUCUCUUCUGUUCUUGUUGCCCUUUUCUUAGUUCACAUCCUCGUUCUCUUACCUCGGCUACUAUAGAAGCCGCCUCGCUAGUGUCCUGUGUCUGAAUGGGGCUGGCUCACUGUUGAGCAUGCUGGGACCUCAACCAUGUGGUGGCCAGGGGAGGGGUUAAACAGGAGGAGGACUGGGGACACUGACAUGGGGAGAGGCACCCAGUGAGGGCAUCCUGUUGCCCAAAGCACUGUGGCCAAAGGGUAUGGCAAGCUCAUGUGGGCAGGCCACCAUUCUAAAUGAGGAGGCACAGUGUGUCAAUGGGGGAGCCCCUGGGCAACAACUAGGCUUGGUGUCUCGGUGGGGUGGGGAUGGGCUCCUGGAAGGAAAAGGCCAUGGUGGCUGGAGCUUAGAGAAUGGUGGGAGGUUGGGCAUGGCAUCUUCAGCAUGUUAAGUAUUUUGGGACUUUAUCCUUAAUACCUUGGAAGCCAGUGAUCCCCGGGAGAGUAGUAAGAUCUGAUUUGUAUAUUUCAAAGAUCACUUGACUGCAGAGAAACUGAAGGCAAUGAGCCCAACUAGGAGACUGCUGCAGUGGUGGGGGUGAGAGCCUAGAGUGAUUUAGUCUAUAGCAGUGGCAGAGGAGAUGGAAAGAAAUUCAGGUAGACAGGUGGAAAGGGACUUUCCAGCAAGAGAAGAGGACCUGCAAGGCCAUGGAGGUGGGGGAGUGGCCCAAUCUUGGAAUAUGCAAUUUCUGUACAUGGUCAUUGCAAUUUUAUACCAACACAUAAAAUUUGAUAAUCCUUUUUCAAUUGAUGUUAUAUAACUACUUCCUAUCAAUAUA